ACUGAAUGCUGGGAAAGACACUGCUUUCUAGUGAAGCAAGGAGAGGAGAAAACCGGAUCUGCUGACUUGUCACAACAUACACAACUUGUUGCAGGUUUAUCUGACAUCCAGGUAGAGUCUUCAUAUUAGCCCUGUCUAUAAAAUAUAAUGGCUGCAGGACGGGAUAAAGUGAUUAAUCUCCUGAGACAACUGCACAGAGCAUCGUGCAGAUGUCCAGCUCAUUCUCACACUUACUCCCAAGCUCCAUCAUCUGAGAUAACAACAGAUUAUGCUUUUGAGAUGGCUGUUUCUAGCAUCAGAUAUGGUGAAGGUGUUACAAAAGAAGUGGGAAUGGAUUUGGAAAAUAUGGGUGCAAAAAAUGUUUGUGUGAUGACAGACAAGAACCUUGCAUGUCUCCCUCCUUUACAAGCUGUGAUCAAUUCACUGACAAAGAAUGGCAUCAAGUUCUGCUUGUAUGACAAGGUCAGAGUGGAGCCUACAGAUACAAGCUUCAUAGAUGCAAUACAGUUUGCGAAAGGUGGAUCAUUUGAUGCCUAUGUCGCUGUUGGAGGUGGCUCUGUGAUGGACACCUGCAAGGCUGCUAACCUCUAUGCGUCUAGCCCUGACGCUGACUUUCUGGACUAUGUCAAUGCCCCUAUUGGAAAAGGAAAACCAGUGACUGCAACUCUUAAGCCCCUCAUUGCAGUACCAACAACCUCUGGGACUGGAAGUGAAACCACAGGGAUUGCCAUCUUUGACUAUGAAAAACUCAAAGCCAAAACUGGUAUUGCAUCAAGAGCCAUAAAGCCAACUCUGGGACUGAUUGACCCAGAACACACGUUACACAUGCCAGAAAGAGUGGUUGCCAAUAGCGGAUUUGAUGUAUUAUGCCAUUCUCUGGAAUCCUAUACUGCCAUCCCAUAUAAUAUGCGCAGCCCUUGUCCUACAAAUCCAAUUAACCGCCCAGCCUACCAAGGGAGCAACCCAAUUAGUGAUGUGUGGGCCAUACAUGCAUUGAGGAUUGUCGCUAAGUACUUGAAACGAGCUGUGAAGAACCCAGAUGACCGUGAAGCUCGUUUCUCGAUGCAUCUGGCAAGUUCAUUUGCUGGAAUAGGCUUUGGGAAUGCAGGGGUACAUCUCUGCCAUGGGAUGUCAUAUCCAAUUGCAGGGCUAGUGAAGACAUACCGAGCCAAAGAUUACAAUGUGGAUCACCCAAUUGUGCCUCAUGGACUUUCAGUAGUGCUCACAUCACCAGCAGUAUUCUCCUUCACUGCAGCUAUGUGCCCAGAGCGCCACCUGGAGGCAGCAGAGAUUCUUGGAGCCGACGUCCGGACUGCCAAAACCAAAGACGCUGGGCUUAUCUUGGCAGACACUUUGCGGAAAUUUCUUUUUGAUCUGAAUGUAGAUGAUGGUUUGGCAGCUGUGGGUUACAGUACAGCCGAUAUUCCUGCAUUAGUGUCAGGAACUUUGCCUCAGGAAAGAGUAACAAAGUUAUCCCCCAGACUGCACUCUGAAGAAGACCUUUCAAAGUUGUUUGAAGCAUCAAUGAAACUUUAUUGACCUGGAGCAUACUUGGUAGAUGUAAAGGGUAUUUAUACAUAACGUUUAUUGCAAUUAGUACAAUACCUUGACUUGUGGACAAUAGGCACUAGAACAUUGCUGGUUGUCCGGUAUGCUGCAGUUUUUGUCCAACCACCUCUCAGCAUGUUUGCUGUGCUGCGGCCAGACCUCCAGCCCGUCCCCAUUACAGUGAAUGGGGCUGGAGCGGACUUCCAGAAGCACACAUGGGCCAGCAUUCGUACAGAUCCGGCAGGCUGGUCCCCCGGCGGAACAGCCUGCCGGACCCAGCUUAAACGCUAAUGAGAAAGUAGCCUAAAUCAAACACAGCAGUGAAGGAGGUAAAUAUACAUAGACUAUCCUGAGCAAGGUCCUGCAUGAUUUGCUGUGAAAGAUAUGACAUAUAUUACAAUGAACGAAUACAGGGCUUGUCCCAAUAAACAUUAUUUAUAAAAA